AAACCCAAAACAGGGCCCAUAAAUCAACGUUGGCAUCAGAUUCCCAAAUAGAGUCAAAGACCAUGACGUACGGUCCCCUUACUUCCAACCAGGAGCUAACACGUGGCACCUCAUUCCAGCUUCCCGAACUCGGAAACUCUGUCUGAACUGGAUUUGAUGAAAUCCUUUGGGGUCCGCCAUAAUUUUUCUUUUUUUUCUUUUUGCUUCACAUGAGAACAGAGAGGAUCACAUUUAAUUUAAGGGUGGAGGUACACAUUCUAGAGUGAGAGAGAGAGAGAAAGAGGAGAGAGAGAGAGAGAGUAUCCACUAGUCAAAGCUUCGUCUCCGGAAAACCAGACCGAGAGAGAGAAGCUAGAGAGAGAGAGAGUAUCCUCCAGUCAAGGCUUGUCGAAAUUUUGUGUUUCUUUUUUUGAUAGUACGAGCUGUGUUAAAAAUUGAAGCAAACGCCAAACUACGAGGUUUUGCAGAAGAUGAUUGAUCCCUAGCAGCAGGGUUUGAAAGCUGACAGAGUGUUCUAAUUUAAAGCUCAUUCCAAAGUGUUUCCAAUCUAUUUGAGUUUUCGGUUAUGGCGUCGGGUGGUGGAGCGAAUGAAGAGCCUAAAUGUGACUUGAUGCUUGUGAGCAAACUUCCGGAAGAAAUCAAUGAGAUGAAAAUCAAGGAUGAAAAAGUGGAGAAGGUUGAAAUUGAAAUGGAAGCAGCUGUAGUAGAUGGAAACGGUACCGAGACAGGGCACAUAAUUGUGACAACUAUUGGCGGUAAAAAUGGUCAGCCUAAGCAGACUAUAAGUUAUAUGGCAGAGCGCAUUGUAGGACAGGGAUCGUUCGGGAUUGUGUUUCAGGCCAAGUGUCUUGAAACGGGUGAAACGGUCGCUAUCAAAAAAGUUUUGCAGGAUAAGAGAUAUAAAAACCGUGAAUUGCAGACAAUGCGCCUCCUUGAUCACCCAAACGUCGUUUCUCUUAAGCACUGCUUCUUCUCGACCACUGACAAGGAUGAGCUGUACCUCAAUUUGGUUCUCGAAUAUGUGCCGGAGACAGUCUACCGUGUGGCCAGACACUACAGCAAAGCAAACCAGCGAAUGCCUAUGAUAUACGUCAAGCUCUACACGUAUCAGAUUUUUAGAGCUUUGGCAUAUAUUCAUGGCAUAGGAGUCUGUCACAGGGACAUCAAACCUCAAAAUCUUUUGGUCAAUCCCCAUACUCAUCAGCUAAAACUCUGUGAUUUUGGAAGUGCAAAAGUUUUGGUCAAGGGCGAGCCGAACAUAUCAUACAUCUGUUCUCGAUACUACCGUGCACCAGAACUGAUAUUUGGGGCAACCGAAUACACAAGUGCAAUCGACAUCUGGUCUGUCGGUUGCGUCCUAGCAGAGCUUCUUCUUGGACAGCCUCUCUUCCCUGGUGAGAGUGGGGUUGACCAGCUUGUGGAAAUUAUCAAGGUUCUUGGAACACCAACUCGUGAGGAAAUAAAAUGUAUGAAUCCAAACUACACAGAGUUCAAGUUCCCUCAAAUUAAGGCCCAUCCGUGGCACAAGAUUUUUCACAAACGGACCCCACCUGAAGCCGUAGAUCUUGUAUCGAGACUUCUUCAGUACUCUCCAAACUUAAGAUAUUCUGCUCUGGAAGCUUGUGUACACCCGUUUUUCGAUGAGCUCCGUGAUCCUAAUACUCGGCUUCCUAAUAGUCGGCCAUUGCCACCUCUUUUCAACUUCAAACCUCCAGAGAUAAAGGGAGCAUCUUUGGAACUACUUUCGAAACUGGUACCGGAGCAUGCUAGGAAGCAGUUUCCGUCACUUGGUUCCUAAAUUGCUGGAAUUUCUAAUUUCUGAUAUUGCACCAUUUCGGGAUUGAGAGACUUAUUUGUUUUGCUGCAUUAAUUGUUUAUGUCGACAAAAAAUAACCUGGACCAUAUUCUAUGAUGAUGACUUGUAUUAUUUGUCUAUCUAAUUGAUGAACCUUUAAUGAAUUAUCUGAAUGAUCUUGAA